AACUUUCCACUAGUAGCACCACCUUGUCACAGUCAAAACACAUUACUUGGUGAACAUCUGCUUAUCGAUAGACACCACAUUUACAGAUGUUCCUUAAACGCCCCACACCGCAGGCUGCUGCUGGGUGGCUGCGGUGCUCAGACAGGUAUGUGACCACAACUGACCUUGAAAUGAGUGAAGUAGUACUUUCUAACGUCAGAUUUGUCCAAGAUGAAACUGAGUAAUUCUUUUCUACAUGAAACAUUGUAGAAAUUUCGAUGAGCAGAAAACAUCUCUUGUUCAGUAUCUUCCAGCCUCCAUUUGCCCUCUGAUCAUAAGGUGUGUUGUGUUGGACCUCUCUUUGCCCGCCUCCUGUUCCCUCAUUUUCUUUUUAAAUAAUCAGCUGCAUAUCACUUUAUCUUUUUUCAAGCACACAUCAACUAAACAGCUUGCUUUAUGCACCAGGCAGGGACAGACUGACAGAGCCACCGAAGUUAUAAGAGUAAUACAGUGACACCAAUACAGCUUAAUGAUCAUGAUUCUCACGCAUGAAUGCGACCAGUUGAAAUUUCAACUCGCAUACGCUCGAAAAAUGGUCGCAAAUGCGUCUCAGUCUAGAGCCCUGGAAAGGUAUAAAUGCAUAAUAAUGAAAAGGCAAUCCUCCACAGCCUCCAUAUGAUGACACCUGCCUGGCGCAGGUACACUGCAGCUUGGACAGCUGCCAGUGAAAUGGGUGUGAUGGCAGGGCAGUGCUACAAUGACAGGACUGAGAGGAAACCCGUUUUGGUAACGGUGUAAGCAUUUGAUUCACAGCAGCUCUAAAGAAACUGCAGCAUCUAACCCUAACUCAUCAGUGAGAGAUCCUGGUAAUGACAAGUGUCACACUGUUACUACUGAGGAAGAGGAUGAAAAUUCCAAGCUACAGAGAGCUAUUGAAGAAAUGAGACGACUUGAUGAAAUACUGUCUGCAAAAAUCUGCAGAGAAAAAGAAAUCCAACGUCAGAGGAAAGAACUUCAAGCCAAACUCUGGCAAGAGCUCCUGAAUAAACCUGAAGGUCACUCUGAAUGUGCUCAUGAAGCUUUAAACACAAAAUUGUUUUUAGCAUUGGAAGCACCUGCUGGCACAGAAGAAGAGGACAACUUUGUACCUGUGUUUGAAACUCAGGUUUCAGAAUGUGAAGAUCACAGAGACAACCAGCAUUUGGAGCAAAGUGAAAAGAAGCCAGACAGCUUGACAGACUCAUUGGAAGUUGGCUACAAAGACAAAGCAGAAGGCCAAUUUGAAUGCAGCCACUGUGGUGUUUCCAAAGGCAUGAAUAAACAGAAGGACUUUGUCAAAAGAAACAUUGAGUUAGUAAAUGGUGAAGGGGGUCAAGUGUUUUUGACCCAGGCAGAGAAAGCGCGUCUGGCUGAGCUCCUCCAAGAAAUAGACGAAGAGGACGGUGCCAGAGGUGCAGACAGCGAGGGGACCAUGUGGGCUGUGUCAGUCCUGACAGACGAGGGUUACACCCCCGAGCCCUCCGACUUGGAGCAGCUGAUUGACAUCGACUCCAAAAUUCACCAUCUCCAUCCUGACAAAGAUUUCCACUCCUACACAAGCUCUUACACAAACCUAAGCAUGUCUCAGGGCCCUGGCUCGAGGGCUGGCUGGAAGUGCAUUGGGGACCUGCAGCCAGGAGAGAAGGUCCUGCAGGAUAUAAAGGAGAGGAGAGGGCAGGAGAGGCGGCUCAGAGAGAUCCAACAGCAGCUGGAGAUCCUGGGCCAAGGCCAGGAGAUGACUGAUCGUUUACCAGAUCUUACUGAGGAGCAGUUACUUAGCCUGCUGGAUGAAUGUGAGCUGACUGAGAGAUGUAGCCAGGACCUCCAGACGAAUGACGCAGCGCCAUGAGACGUUAAAAAAGACUCAACUUGAAGCCCUGCUUUCAAAAUGCAUAAUUUCUGGGACCUUACUAUGAAUUCUCGUAGAGAAGCUGUGAAGCUUUUAGAUUGAUAAAGAUGCUAUAACGACGCUGUCAUUUACACACUGAUAUAAAACUCUGAACAUUUUACAUAAUGUGACCAUAGCAGAAAAAAUGUAGCCCUACAGUUUGGUUGACUGAAAAUGAAAGCUGCUAUUUUUGUCCUAA